GUGAACUGCACGGUUCGGCUUUGUAUGGACGUGGUGGGGGAUUUUUGACAGCGGCAGCGCUGUUGGGAAACAGACAGGGACGUGAGGUCUGGGUCGGCGUCACUUCUCUUCCCCUCUUCUCUCCUUCUCCCCAUCUGCCACCGACCGCUUCUCGAAGAUUUCCGGGGGAGGGGGAGACAUGGCUGUUUAUUGGAAGUUUGAUGAGUGAGAGUGCCGGCAGCCUGCUCCGCCACCGCAAUGGUCGACAUGGAGAGCCGCUACCAUCCCCCUUCUCCGUUGGAGGACUCGGUGUUGCACAGCCCCCUGUGCACCGGUGAUGACUUCAUGGAUGGGAUGGAGGACCUCCAGGACAUUUCGCAGUCCAUUGAUAAUGAUGCUCUCAGCUCCUUCGAUGUCCCUGAAUACCAGUCAUCCAGCAAUGGUUCAGAGGGAUCCACUGUGUUAGAUGCCUUGACGCCAGCGUCCAGCCCCUCAUCAGUUGUUUACGGCUUUACAACGGGCCAAGAGGAGUUCUCGUCGUCCACGUCAUCGCUCAGCUUGGAGUGUCGAGUGUGUGCCGACCGCGCAUCGGGCUACCACUAUGGAGUCCACGCCUGCGAGGGCUGCAAGGGUUUUUUUCGGCGGACCAUCCGCCUAAAGCUGGAGUAUGACAAAUGUGAACGCCGAUGCAAGAUCCAGAAGAAGAACCGCAACAAGUGCCAAUACUGCCGCUUCCAGAAGUGCCUGUCAGUGGGCAUGUCCCACAAUGCCAUCCGUUUUGGUCGGAUGCCCCAGUCGGAGAAGCUGAAGCUGAAAGCAGAGAUGGUGACGGGGGACAAAGAGGUGGAAGACCCUCAGUUAGCCGACCAGAAAACCCUGGCCAGGCAGAUCUGUGAGGCCUACAUCAAGAACUUCAACAUGAACAAGGCCAAGGCUCGAACCAUUCUUACUGGCAAGACCAGCAACCCUCCAUUCGUCAUCCAUGACAUGGAGACUCUACAGCUGGCUGAGCAGACUCUGGUGGCUAAGAUGGUCAGCUCGGCUGGAUCACUGAAGGACAGGGAAGCAGAGGUUCGCAUUUUUCACUGCUGCCAAUGCACGUCAGUGGAAACCGUUACAGAGCUCACCGAGUUUGCAAAGUCUGUCCCUGGGUUCUCAGACCUGGACCUCAACGAUCAGGUGACUCUUUUAAAAUACGGCGUGCACGAGGCACUCUUUGCCAUGCUCGCCGCCAGUAUGAACAAGGAUGGGCUUCUGGUGGCGUACGGCGCAGGUUUCAUCACCCGGGAGUUCCUCAAAAGCCUGCGGCGUCCAUUCAGUGAUAUGAUGGAGCCAAAGUUCCAAUUUGCCAUGAAGUUUAAUGCGCUGGAGCUGGACGACAGUGACCUGGCUCUGUUUGUGGCUGCUAUCAUCUGCUGUGGAGACCGACCAGGCCUGGUGAAUGUGGCAUACAUCGAGCGCAUGCAGGAGAGCAUUGUGCAGGUGCUACAGCUCCAUCUGCUGACCAAUCGUCCAGAUGACACUUUCCUCUUCCCCAAGUUGCUGCAGAAACUCGCUGACCUCCGGCAACUUGUCACCGAGCAUGCACAGCUGGUGCAAGAGAUCAAAAAGACAGAGGACACGUCGCUGCACCCACUCCUGCAGGAGAUCUAUAGAGACAUGUAUUGACCCCUGUGGAGAAAUAACCGGGAGAGGCACUUUACAAACGUCUCGUUUUUUCAGGGACAGAAGAAAAAGAAGAGUCCUCCAUAAGCUAGGGUUGAACCACUUAAACCAGCCUAAUACAGCAAGCGUGAGCUUUGAUCAUCACACGAGGUCCUGCGUAGGCCCGAGCAACAGGCUGAUUGAUGAUUCUCUGGUUUCAACACAGUGUUCUCCACUCUCUCGUGUGGAUCUUCCCAGUCAGAAAAGUCAUGGAAGACAAGUUUUUGACAUACAGCUGUAAGGAAACCACUGUAUGCCAUGUCUGACCAAACUCUUGGAUAAAAAAAGGCUAUAAUUUCAAAACAAGCGAAGAAGGUGAACUUCAUAGUCUCUGACAGUAUCUGUUUGUUUUUUUUUACUGAUGUCAAAGAGCAGAGAGCCACAUACCUCUGCGUUUAACAACACAGCAGCAUUAAGACAGUGAUGAUCAAGAUGUCAAGCAAGGCAGCUUCUGCCAAAUUAACUACCGAUAAAUGGUGGCUAUCCAUACAUGAGCGUCACACCUUUUUUUUAUACCCAGAGAUACAACUGUCACCAGACUCCUGGACAUAAUCAUUUAUUUGUACUGUAAUUCUUCUAAGCCAUACGUUGGUUGCAAUGACACCAAACAUGAUCAUCUUUCAUGUUGUUGUUUUUUGUUUUUUUUCAAUCUACAAAAGUAGCGUCAAGACUUUGUAUGGAUUAUCAUUACUUACUGUGAACUGUUCAGAAAUAGUAUUUUUUACAUUACACAGAUAUAAUAGAAGGCAAAACCUUGCAGUUUAUCCAAAUCAUUAAAGGUUUGGCAGACAGAUGGCAAAAAAUGCACAAAUUCACUAUGUGCGUGCCACAAUGCGCAUUUGAAGCACUAACACAUCUGUGAUAUGUUGAUAUUGUGAUAUUAUUAUAUACUGGACCUCUGUUGACUCCCUUUUUGGCCUUUUUGGCACUCCAUGCUGUUUUGUGUCCUGGUAUUCAAGGGCUAACACCACAAAAAAAAAAACUUCAUACAAGCAGACUUGGAUUUGUUGGAAACAAAUUCCUCCGUUUCUUAAUUUCGCACUCAUCUUGGUCCUGUUCCACACAAGUCAAAUGGUCUGACCUCUGUUUUUCCCUAUCAGUCCUCCUGCCUUAUGUUUUAUGUUUUUUUAUGUAACGGCAAAUGAAAACCACAAAUUGUUCUGCAUAGAAGUGAAGAUAAACGGUGUUACCUUUUGGGUGAAAGGUCUUUGGUGUUGGUCACUAAACCAAAAGACUAAGGCUAAUACAAGCGUCUGACCAUUUGAUUUAGUUUGAUUCUGUAAGAUGAAGACAGUCAAAGAAAAAAAAAAAUUGCUUAGACAUUGUCUGCAGCUAGAUGAGUAUACAGACCUGUAGUGAUGAAUGUCGACCAAAUACAUUUCCAUGAGAUAUCAUUUCUGUUUUUUUUUGUCCUCCAACUUUUGUGAUAACUAUGCAUGUGAAAAUACCGCUCAUGUCAUUUGGAUGGUGGACACAUGCAUGUAUGAAAGUUUGGAUUACGUAGUGUAUAUGGAUCUGUGACCCCAUCAGCUGAUUUCAAACCAAAAUCUCCUUCAGUUGAUUUCAAUUCAGAGUGUACUCACCAUAGCCGAUCACCUCUCACCACUCACCCCUUCUUUUAACCCCUGAGGUAUACAAGGUACAAAUGAUCAACUUUUAUAUUCUUGUUCUUACAGUAGAUGUAGUCAUGUACUGUAUGUUCAUUUGCUUCAGUGCCACACAAUUGUGUUUCAAAUGAAUUGGAGCAUAUUUUUUAUACCUAGGUAUAGAUGUACUGUACAUAAAAUCAAAUAAUUGUGUAUAUACAGUAUGAGGUGGCACGAUUCUAGUGUGUGGUGUAAAUAGAUUUAAAAAGGUAAACAGGGCAACUGGUAAUCUGAUUAUCCCCAGAUCGGAAAUAUCGGCUAAAAAUAAAAGCACUUGUGAUUUAAACUGAAAGCAUACAAGGACAACGUUGGUCGGGUGAUUAAAAUUAUCAUUUUGAAAAGUCAAGCAGUCAAAGGCCAACAACUCAGCACUGAUCUUUCAAUACUGGUAUCCACCUUUAAUACUCAGUUCUCAGGUUGCACAUUGAACAAAAAUAAAUUAGGCAAUAUAUGCAUAAGCAUCAUAAUUCUCACUCAUUCAUUGAUUGUCUACCGCUUUAUCCUCCACAUGAGGGUUGCAGGCCCAGCAAUCCCAGCUGAAAAGGCAGCGUUCGCCCCUGAAAAGGUCUAUUAUCAUUAAUUCUCUAUGUUGAAUAAACCAACCUUUAUUUUGUUGUCUAUUUGACCACUGUUGGUCGAAGUGAAUACACUAGAUUACAGUAAAUAAGAUGCAGUAAUGAAAAUGGAGUAUAUGCUGUUUUAUAAAGCUAUUUUGCCGUUGUUUUUUUCUCAUCAGUUGCUGCUAUAUUGUACUAACGUGUUCAAGUGCUCCCUCUCGCUUAUUGUAUCUUCUCUCAGAAUGUCAGUCCCACAUGCAGCUUUUAUUGAAUGCAGCUCGUCCCCAGGUAUCCUUUGGGGAUUAACCACAAACAAACAAUCUGUGCCUUACUGUGUGCCCAUGCCAUACAACACUAGAGAUUCAGAAAUAAAUACUUGACUUGUGCACACACACAUUUUCAGAAUUGUAAUUUCUUAUAAGCCGUCUUAAGUGGGAUUUUGCCGAUGGAGACACACUGGGGACACACAGUCAAAAUGAUGUCACAGCAGGUUUAGGAAAGUGCCCAGUAUCAGCUGUAAAAUCAAGGCUCAGAGGUGCUGUAAAGCUUCGUUUUACAGUAACAAUGAAGGAUUUGCUUUCAGGAAAGGACAGACUUUUAAAGGCUAAAUACACAAUGGUUGGGAAAAAGUGGAGCCAGGCCCUGGAGAAAAUUAUAAUGUAACUUUGUUGUGUUGAAUUGACAAGGGAUGUUUUAACCUUUAUCAGGGAAAUCUAGUCUUCCUUUGUUAAACUAGCUCAGGACUUAGAAAGGUACUGUUCUUUCUCUCUGUCUCUCUUCUUCUCUCCAGAAUAAACGUAUAGUGCUCUGCCCUACAGCACACAAACACCAACAUCAAUACUUAUGGAUAUUACCUUAUUGUUAUUCUUCAAAUUUGACAAGAUAAAUACGUUUUGGGAGGCAGCAGUCGUAAGAAUUAGAAAUUUGAGGUUUUUUUCCCUUUUCUUUGGAUUUCAUGGAGUCUGUGUUUGUGACUACAACGUCACGCAAAUAGACAAUAGAGACUGUCUAUGGAUGUGUUGUUCAUGUGUACUGUGACUUGGUAACAAUACUGUAAAUGUUUGAUGAAUGUAUAUCUAGUUGUUAAAACAAUGAAAUAAGUUGACAUUGAAUGGAUGUCGAAUUAAAAUGAUUUUGAAAUAC